AUGGCGCCCUUCGAUCUCGAUGCCUGCAUCGACCGCUUGCGGGAUAAGCAGCUACUCGGAGAAGCUCUCAUUCGAGAGAUAUGCGAAAAAACAAAAGAGGUAUUGAUGCGAGAGAGCAACGUCGUCCACGUCUCUUCCCCCGUCACCGUUGUUGGCGACAUCCACGGGCAAUUCCACGACCUCAUCGAGAUCUUUCGGAUAGGCGGCCCAGCUCCUACGACCAAUUACCUAUUCCUAGGUGAUUAUGUCGACCGCGGUCUUCACUCGGUCGAGACUAUAUCGCUGCUCACCUGCCUCAAGCUGCGAUACCCAGAGCGGAUACAACUUAUCCGAGGAAACCACGAGUCCAGGGCGGUCACACAGACGUAUGGCUUCUACCUUGAAUGUACUCGCAAAUACGGCUCGCCAACCGUGUGGCAGUACUUUACCGACAUGUUUGACUUUCUCACCCUCAGCGUCGUCAUCGACGACGCCAUCUUUUGCGUUCACGGCGGUCUGAGCCCAUCUAUCCACCACAUCGACCAAAUCAAGAUAAUAGAUCGGUUUAGAGAGAUCCCGCACGAAGGGCCUAUGGCGGAUCUGGUCUGGUCUGAUCCAGAUCCCGAGAAAGAGGACUUUGCCAUCAGCCCUAGGGGCGCGGGCUACACCUUUGGAUCUUCGAUUGUCCGCAAAUUCCUACACCUGAACGGCAUGAACCACAUCCUCCGCGCGCACCAACUCUGCAUGGAGGGGUACUCGGUGCUCUACGACGACAGACUGAGCACGGUGUGGAGUGCUCCUAAUUACUGCUACAGAUGCGGCAACAUGGCGAGCGUAUUGGAGGUGUCUCCAGGAGGUGGCCGAUAUUUUAACGUGUUUGAUGCGGCCCCAGAAAACGAGCGUGACGGACCAAAUCAGCAGCAACAGCAGACCAAGGCGAUCGAGUACUUUUUGUAG